AUGGCAGUGAAGCUGUGCGACCUGGCAAACGAAGUGCUCAGCUUGAUUGCCGAACAACUGGAGGGCGACACCGAGUCACUGCAAGCACUGAGAGGCACGUCUUCGCGCUUUCGAGCCAUUGCGGAACCCGUGCUCUACCGUCAUUUGUUUUUCCGUGAUUACGACAAGAUCACAUCGCUCGUUCCAUUUCUCCUACAACCCGAUUCUCCCUCCAGGCUCAAGGCAGUGCAUUCCAUCGAUGCUCGUCCCCAGGAGGGCGGCCACCGGGCAGGCCCCGAACAUUUGGUCAGCAUCUUGGGCAGGACGCCAAACUUGAAGGAGUUGACCUUCGAAAUGGCUGGUAUCAAUCAACGCCUCUAUAAGAAGGGUGCGUGGAGCAGAUUUGACGAGAGAGACAUUCUGGCUCCAAUCAUUGAUUCUGCUCUUUCGCAAGAGAUCCCUUCAGCACCACCUGCGAGGACGCUUCCAGUACUGAAGAAGUUGACGCUUCAUCUGAGCGGCAACAGCAUCCGCGCACGAUACUGGAACAUCGACGAUGAGAGCUGCAGGAUCUUCGCGCAUCCAAGUAUUGAGGAGAUGCACUUGUCGUGUGCCAACAUCACGCGAGAUUUUCAGCACGUACUCUUGCGCUUCGGCAAAACGCCAUUGAAACGACUUACCUUGACAGAAUGUGACAUCGGCCACACCGCUUUGAGCGCCUUACUGGAAAAGCCGCGCGCUCUCGAGUAUUUGUAUCUCGGUAAGUCGUACAUCGACUGACAUUUUGCUAUCACGAGAUCCUCAUCAUUGCUGUAUAGGCGAAAGUGCGAAUCAUUAUGGACAAAGAUCCUCCCCAGAGAACUACCUGCUGGAGAGAAAUGCUACCGCAUUCUUGGCUGCUCUUGGUCAGCAGAAGCAUUCUCUGAAGCAGUUUUGCUACCGACCAAAAGGCGUGCUCUUGUCAGUCACAAUGCCAGACGAUGCGGGAUUAUCGUCUUUCGAAGUUCUGGACACCGUCUCAAUGGAAUGCGCCUUUCCAGAGCUACAAGAAAUGAUCACAUCCGAGAAGACACGGCCACCGAAUCUCACAACAAUCAAUCUUCGAGAUUACCACGGCGCGAUACAAAACCAGUCGUCCCUGAUGAAUCAUGACCUCGAGGAGGAUAAUGGCAACAUUUCGCCUCUGAUGUUUCUGUGUCAACGCACGUCGAAGAUGAAAAGUCUGAAGCAGAUCAACGUCACGACAAACGACAUUUUUGGCAAUGGAACGCUUCCAGUCCCUGAGCAAGUCGUAGUUGAAGGCGCGGAGCUUUCGCUCCAGCCGAGAGGUGUCCGUCUGACUGUCUCGUGUCGUGCCUAUCCACAUAGUGCGAUCCCUCCCUACUUGGAAGGGGAGCCUACACCUACUGAUCAGCUGGUUUUUGACUCGCAGCUCCCUGGCGGAUGGCUGGAUGCAGGGUGCCGGUGGAGUGUCUUGGGAUCCAGCGGAUGGACGCCGCUGUGA